AUGGAAAAUCCGUACUUUACGAGCCCUCCAGAGGCAGCAAAUUUUUUUAUAAAAGCGCGAUCUUCUACCAUCUGUCUUGCCACCCAUCUCAAACACUCUUUUCAGUUGAAUCAAGUACACAUUAUGUCCGAAGAAUACCAACAACCUCCUGUUGAGGAAACCGAGCAACAAGCUCCAUCAACCAUCGAGUCCCAGGGUGCCCCUGCCGCUGAGGCUUCCGAAGCUGCCCAGGCCGCAGCUCCCGUUGAGGCUUCUGACGUUCCAGAGUCCCACGAGGCUCCACAGGCCCGUGCUCCAGCCUACCAUGACAGCCACAAUGACUACAACGAUCACCGUGGCCAGCCUCCCCACCGUAUGAUGGACGGCGAGCUGUCGACUACAAGACUGUUUGUGAGACCAUUCCCAUUCGAUGUCCAGGACUCUGAGCUCAACGAGAUCUUUGCUCCUUUCGGCCCUAUGAAGGAGGUCAAGAUUCUCAACGGCUUCGCCUUCGUUGAGUUCGAAGAGGCCGACUCGGCUGCUAGAGCUAUCGAGGAGGUCAACGGUAAGAGUUUCGCAAACCAGCCUCUAGAGGUCGUUUACUCUAAGGUGCAGCCUCCUAGAUACCGCAUGAUCCUCAGAAACCUGCCAGACGGUGUCGCUUGGCAAGAGCUGAAGGAUUUGGCCCGUGAGAACAACUUGGAGACCACUUUCUCCAGUGUCAACACAAGAGAGUUCGACGGUACUGGUGCGCUAGAGUUCCCAUCCGAAGAGAUUUUGGAGGACGCUCUGCAAAAGCUGAACAACAUCGAGUUCAGAGGGUCUGUGAUCACUGCUGAAAAGGACGACAACCCUCCUCCUAUCAGAAGAUUUAGAGGCGGUCCAAGAGGUGGUGGUUUCGGUGGCCGCGGCGGCUUUGGUGGCCGUGGCGGUUUCGGUGACCGCGGCGGGUUCCGUGGCCGUGGUGGUCCAAGAGGCGGCUUUGGCGACCGUGGUGGCUUCCGUGGUGGCCGUGGUGGUCGUGGCGGUUUCGGCGACCGUGGUGGAUUCCGUGGCCGUGGUGGUCCAAGAGGUGGCUUCGGCGACCGUGGUGGCUUCCGUGGUGGCCGUGGUGGUUACGGUGCUCCAAGAGGUGACUCUUACGGUGCUCCAAGAGGUUCCUACGGUGCUCCAAGGGAUGAGUACAGAGGCAGAGGAGAAGGUGGUGACUACUAUGGUUCUGCUCGUGAGAGAUCUCCAUCCAGGCAGUGA